GGCAACCCAAUUCCCCUUGGUAAGACUGGUGUCUGACUAUGAACAUAAUUUUAUUAUCUACUCCAUGGUUAAUACAAUCUGCUACAUUAAUUUUAGAAUGGCGAGAAAGGCACAUUACAAAUAUGCGCCAAAAAUAAAACCAAAAACUACCGAAACAUCUUACGAAGCAGCCAUCUUGCCGAUUAUAGUGGUGAAAAGCAAACAGAACACUGUCUUGACCACCUACAUAGGAACACUUCCUGCUACUACAAGCAGAAAAAGAGAAAUAAAACGUAACUACGAAACUGAAUACGACUACGAUCAAUUAAUAAAUGAGUAUUACGAUGAAGCGGACAGUGAAUCUCUGUCCGGCAAUGCGUAUCACAUGAGAAACUCAGGUUUCGAAAUAUCAGAAUACGGAACAUUUCCUGCGCUAAAGCGAAUAUUUUUGAUAAGCCCCACUACGAACUGCUCAGAAGAAAGGGGCAUAGGAAUAGAAGCACUGAAGUGCUUGUAUGAAGACUACAUGGAACAACGUCAGUCGAUGAAUGAAGUACUAGCGCGGUUUUGGAAUAUCUUCGGGAUUUGGAUUAUUGUCUAUCUGGUCAUUGCUAUACCUCUGUGGUGUACGAGAGGUUGGUGUUGCUGCUGCCUCCGCUGCAAGUUUUUCAAGCCUCGGCAGACAAUAGAGGAAGCCAAGAAAUACGUUGUUCUAUAUCCACCAGGAAUAUUCAAAACUAAGUCUGGAGUGAUUUACUACGAGCCCACUGAACGAGAGAGAGAAUGUUACGAAGAGUUUGAGCAUUUCAUUAAAACUUUGUAGAUUA